AGGGCGGGCGGCGUGCGCGUUCCCAGCCCGCGGAAGUUUUUCUGCGCUUGUGCGAACUUGUCCUGCGUGGCUUCAGGUGUCGCGUCCCCGUCGGUUUCACCUGCCCAGGUCGGAGGGUCGCCCCGAGGACACUUCGCAGAACCCGAAAGGAGGCACAGAUGAUCGACUAUUCAUUAAUUUUUCAUCAACAGCGUAACACUGAAAGUGUUGUAGGGAGGAGGAAGAGUAACAGACUUAUUAAAGGAAAAGCCACAGGGUUGUUAAAGUUGCCUGGCAUGAAUUAUGAUAGACUGACACAGGGAAUGAAGUAUUUGUCCUUAAGGAAUAGGCUGUCACAAGUUAUUUAGGGGAAGGGUCCAAUAAGUAUCUUGACUUUCUGGGUCAUUGGGCAGAUGUUCUGGAUGCCUGCGUUAAGGCAGUAAGUGGUCAAAAGUUCAGAUUCCAUCUGGGCUGAGACCUGCAUAAGCCCUACAUCCUCAGUGGCCUCCUGCCUGCAUUUUAGAGUGCUCUCUUAGCAAUACUGACUCCAUUUUGAUUUUCCUUUCACACCUGUCCCCUGCUGUCCUGGCUCCCGGACUUAGGGGGGCAGCCCUGGACAGGGGGCACUGAGUGGCACAUUUCUGUUCAGGAGAAGGGGACUGCAAGCUGUGGGCUGAUGCUGUGUCUGUCUGGCCAGCAGUACAUUCGGCUUAGAGUCCACCAGGGCAGCCAGGUCUGGCGCCCCAUAGAAAGCCAGGCAGUAAAGGGCUGAAGCCAACCACCCGCACUUCCGCCCUGCUCCGUCACGUGACCUACAGCCUGCCCUUCUCUCAGAAUGCAGGCCUGCACUCGUUGUCAAUCAGGGCCUAAGAAGGGGGUGUGCCUAGAGACCCGUCCAAUUAAGGUGCGAAGGCUUGGAGCCUCAUCCAAUCAGAGACGGGGGCGGGCGCAUUCGCUUACGUUGUGACGUCGCUCUUAGCCGCCCGGGCGUUCCGUCGCACCUACUUCAGGGGACCUCAGGUGUCCCGUCGCUGUUGCUCUAACCUGCCGGAGCUGUUGGGCUGCAGGGCCGCGGGGAGGACGACCUGAAUGCGCGGAGAGGGGCUGAAAUGGACUCGGUGGUCUUUGAGGACGUGGCUGUGAACUUCACCGCAGAGGAGUGGGCUUUGCUGGACCUGGCUCAGAGGAAGCUCUACAGAGACGUGAUGCUGGAGACCUUCAGGAACCUGGCCUCCGUGGGUUCUUGCUCUCAAGUUAAAACCAGUAGAUCAAGUGCUCAUUGGGAUAUUUUGGAGACUGGACUAUGCAGUGAAGAGAAAGUAGUAAGAUUCACAAGAAAUGAUUCCAGGUCUUUUUUGGGAGAAAACUGGGCAUUUCAUAACAUGCAAGAUCAGCAUCUAACUCAGGAGAGGCGUUUGAGAAAUAAUUUGGUGGAGAGUCUCUGUGAAGGUAAAGAAGGUCAUCAAUGUCUAGAAACCCUGAACCAGAUUAUAGAUUUUACUGUGCAUAAGAGUUAUUGGACUGGAAUUCAGCCCCAUCAAUGCAUUAAGUGUGGAAAAGCCUUCAGGGAUCAUUCUUUCCAGAAGAAUCAGCAAAGAUCUCACCCUGGACACAAACAUUAUCCAUGUGAAGAAUGGGGGCAAGCCUGCAGCUGUAUCUCGUGCCUAAGCCCUCCCAGGGAAACAGACAUUGUAGAGAAACCCGAUAAACAUCAGGAUGCUGGGAGAGCAUCUAAGAGGUGCGUGAAGAGUGACUGUAGUGAACAGUCUUUAGAGUGUAAGAAGUCUGGAAAAGCUCUCACUUGUCCCUCAUCUUUUCAGGAACAUGAGAGAGGUCAUUAUGGACAGAAAAUCCACAUGUGUGAAGUAUGUGGAAAAUCUUUCAGUUAUUAUUGCCAACUUGCACGGCAUGUGAGAACUCACACUGGAGAGAAACCCUAUGAAUGUAAAGAAUGUGGAAAGGCUUUCACUCGCAUCUCACACUUCCGAGAACAUGUGAGAAUGCACACUGGAGAGAAACCCUAUGAAUGUAAGCAGUGUGGCAAAGCUUUCAGUUGGUGCACUUACCUUCGAGAACACAUGAGGACACACAGCGGAGAAAAACCCUAUGAAUGUAAGCAGUGUGGCAAAGCCUUCCCCUAUCUCAAAUCCCUGCAGGGACAUGUGAGGAUCCACACUGGAGAGAAACCUUAUGUGUGUAAGGAAUGUGGGAAAUCCUACAGUUGUCCCAAAUACUUUAGAAAACAUGUGAAAACACACAGUGGAGUAAAACCCUAUGAAUGUACAGAAUGUGGGAAAGCAUUCAUUACUUCCUCAUCCCUUCGAGAACAUAUGAAGACACACAGUGAAGAGAAGCCCUAUCAGUGUCAGCAGUGUGGGAAAGCCUUCAGGUAUCCCAGAUCCCUGCAAGGACACAUGCUAACCCACAGUGAAGGGAAGCCAUAUAAAUGUCAGCAGUGUGAAAAAGCCUAUAGGUGUCUCAUAUCUCUGCAAAGACACAUGAAGACACACACUGGCGAAAAAUUCUGAAUAGAAAAACUAUGGGAAAGCCUUCAUUCUCCCUUAAAAUCUUACAAAUGGAGCAGUCACAGGAGAGAAACAUUAUGAAUGGAAAGAAUGUUGGGAAACCUUCAGCACUUCACUUAUUUUAUACUUGAAAACUCAGGGUAGACAAAAUUUUUUAAUGGAAAGAAAUAUGAUUUUUCCUUUUAAGUGCCUCAUCCUGAAUAGGGAUCCUAGUGUAUUAAUUUCUAGCUCAUGUUAACUGACCUGAACACUUAAGAUAAUAACCAUGCCUCUAUGUUCCCAUCAUCUUUGCUACUUACGUUUUGUUAUCUUGGACUUUAAAUAGUUAUACAGUCAUAUAAUACUUGUCUCAAUUCC